AGAGGCGCGAUUGAGCAAAAAGUGUCAACACUUCAGCAAGGGUAAGGAGUGUAUGUACAUGAAUCCCCAGAAAAAAAAAAUGUUCCCCAGGUGAGGCUCGAACUCACAACCCCGGCAUUGCUCACAAAGUUACUGUCUUAUAAGUACCGUGCGCUAACCAAUUGCGCCACUGGGGAGCUGCCAAGCUGCUCUCCUAUUACCUCAUUAAAGUGUACGCGUUCGGCUGAGGGCGUUUUUAAUCGAAAACUAGUAAUUUCUAACAUAAAAGGAUGCCGAUCGACCAUUUACCCGAAUAUUGCGCGAUGUACGCGUUACUUCAACGUACAACCUUGGCCAUUGAUACGGUGUGAAAUUUGAAAAAGUCUCAACACCCCAGCACGCAAUUGGGCAAAAAUGACUUAAAAACACAACCUUUAAAUAAUUUCAACAUCUCAACCAGUGCAGCAGAUAUCGGGCUUGAAAUUGUUUACAAUAAGUGGUGAAAAUAAACGUGACACAAAGACCAACGUGCAAAUAUUUGCAGGCACGCGAGUACGCGGUUAACCCAUUGCCGCGUAACUGGCGCCGCCAUCUUGAAUAAUUCAAAAACUGUUACGAUCUCGCGCUAAAUUCAAACAAUUGAGAUCUUCAAGACAAAGUUAACAUUUCCCUUACGCUGAUGAAAAAAUGACGCAUGACAACGAACACUUUAUUCGUUUUGACGAAAACAAAGACGAAUUUUAACACGCAGACUCAGUAAUACACAAAACCGAGCUUGUGAACUUAAGAACUACUUCCGAAUGAAUAAAGAAAACCGUCGCCAGAUUCCAAUUUAACUGAACAGUGACCUUGCGUAUCAAUUAAACCGGUAAGUUCUACACUUUACAUCGACUUCAGAGAGAACAUUACUCCUUCAAGUUUGUUAUUUAAGCCAAUUGCACGAUUUGGUUAAAUAAAGUGUGUACACGAUACACUUUUUCGAAUGUCAACGAAUUUCACCAGUCAAAGUGAAACAACUGCUAAAGGAAUCUACCACAUCCCGUUGCGCCGACCUUAUCUAAUAAUAAAAUAUACGAAAAUAUAAUAAAAUAUAAUAAAAUACACCCGAGGCGGUAAAAAUUCUCUCUUCCGCUGAUUCUUAAACCUUUCCGACGUAGAGGUGAUCGGGUGAGCAUUCCUUCUUAAGCUAAUUUGUCCGUCGAGAAUGGCAACGCUAAGCCUCGCGUUCGCCAAAUUAGUGAUCUCAGCCACGUGAAACAGGUCUCCACGAGCCUCGAUAAAGAAAGUCUGACACGCCGGUUGACUUUCUGAAGGCGGGAGCCAACAGGCGAGGGGCAUCAGUUUUCUCGAGGGCGAGCGACCGACAAAACGAUAGGCGCAUACUUAAGCCGAACGAGGAGAGUGCUCCAAAAUGUCAAGGACCUCCCAAGUGAUCCUCUGCGUCCUGGCGCUCGGAUGGCUCGUUUCCGGAGAGGAAGACUCCGUGAAUACCUACGGCAGACACGGCACGGUCGACUCGACGGCAGGUGACCCGAUUAUCGACACUUCCCUGGGAAAACUGAGAGGUUCCUGGCUGAGAUCCUCGCAGGGAAAGCUGUAUGCGGCCUUCAAAGGAGUGCCGUACGCGAAAUCGCCCAUCGCCGACUUGCGCUUCGAGCCACCUCGAGAAGCGCAACCAUGGGAAGGUGUCAGAGGAGCUCAGAGACAUCGAAGACCAUGUCCCCAAAAAUGGUGGGUUUUAAAUCGAGUCAUGGGCUCCGAGGAUUGCCUCUACUUGAACAUUUACACUCGUUCGAUAUGCCGCGAGAGAACGUGCACAGGGAAAAUUCUGAUGCCGAUUAUUUUCUUCAUACACGGAGGCAGUUUCACGGUAGGAUCCGGCGACAUGGAUGACUUCCUUUAUGGACCAGACAUGAUAAUGGACGAAGACGUGGUGUUGGUGACCAUAAACUACAGGCUGGGAGCUCUAGGAUUCCUCUCGUUCGAGGGACUGGUUUCCGGUAAUAUGGGUUUGAAGGACCAAGCCAUGGCUCUUAGGUGGGUCUGGCAAAACGCCGAAUAUCUUGGAGGUGACAGGAACAGAAUAGUGCUGAUGGGUCAAAGCGCAGGGGCAGCCUCGGCGCAGUUUCACUCGUUACAUCCUAGCUCGAGGAGACUCAUCUCCGGGGUGAUCGCCCAAAGCGGUUCCAUAUUGGCACCCUGGGCAUGGAACCCACCUUGGGAACAAAAUCUGCGAACCAAGAGAUUAGCCACAGCCCUACUCUGUAACAUUACGAAGCCAGAAGCUAUGAUUCGAUGCCUGAAAGAGGCCAACCCCUUUGACAUUGUGAAACAUCAGUUCCUGAGUGACAAUUCGGUGAUGCAAAUUCCUAUCGGGAUCACCUUCACUCCAACUGCGGAGAGAGAAGGCUCGCCGAUGGCUUACUUGAAGAGCUGCCCCGGUAAUCUGUUGCAAGAAUCCUAUUUGCUUCUUAGAAAUAUUUCCCUUAUGACGGGGUUCACUAGUGCGGAAGGACAACUCUUCGGAGACAUUUUUGAAGCUAUAGUGAAUCCUGUAGCUAGAGAGAAGGGCCUUCAAAAGCUUGGUCUGAAGGUCCAGCAGCCAGGUGCUGUUCGAAGAAAAAAUACACCGAACUUCAUCACCUCAGCAGCUUACAAGUUUCUUGGCAAUUUAGAAUUCAAUGUGCCUAUUAUAGAAGCAUCGCAACACUAUGCUCAGGCUGGGGCCAACGUGUAUAUUUAUCACUUUGCCUUUGUUGGAAAGAACAAUUUUGUAAAACUAUACCGCGACAGUACUGUUUCCACGCACAUGGACGAGUUGACAUAUCAGUUUCAGGGACGAGGGAUGUUUUCAAAACUUCCUCAGAUCAGAGAACCCUCUAAUGAAGCUUCGAUCUCGAAGGCUAUAAUUCGUAUGUGGACAGAUUUCGCAAAAACAGGGAAUCCAACUCCAAAACCUAAAGAAUACUCUUGGCCUGCUGAUCCUCGUAAACUUCUUAUGAUUGGAGACAGAUUUACAAUUCAAAACACACCAUCGACAGCUGGAUGGACAACAUUAAUAAACGCGCAGUGCGCUAUUUAAAACGUAAGUUUAAAAAAUUUGUAAAUAAAUUAGAAACUGUAUCACUCAAUGAAUUCGAUGCUGACAUUGUUCGGCUUACUCAUGCUUCUCCAUUUCACUGUAGUUUAAUUCAAACUUAAAUAAUAUUAUUUAGAAAAUGUGACGAGUUCAUAAUAAAAUACUCCUAAAAAUGAAA